AUGCCAGGCGAAUAUCAACCUUUCUCCGGUCUACCAAGGUCUACACUAUCACCUCAUACUCAACAAACGAGACGUUUAUCACCACCACCUCUAAGACGUCCAACUCAUUCCAUCAGGAGAACACCAUCAAGUAGAAAUUCAACAGUUGAGAUAGAGCUACCACCUCGCAGACGUCAUCGUUCUACACGAAACAUUAUUACCAUCCCAUUUCCUCCACGACCUACAUUGUUUUUACGUCCUCCUAGAAGAAUUCUUGAAAUUGAACGUGUUAGAUGUCGCAGACGUCAUCAUUAUGUCAGUGAACCACAGAUCUUAGCCACGAAUCCGAUCACAGUUUCUAUACCAUCAUCUUCGUCGCCCCCACAACAACGACCCACAUUAACUACCGCAAUGAUCGAAAGUCUCCCUAAACGCAUUGUACAUUUUCCAUCAAUUCAUUUGGGUGAAAACGGUUUAUCUUCUCAGGGUCUACUAUCACAAAAUGAAGCAGAUUUAGAUAUUGUUACGUUACCAGCUGAAUAUAUCGGACCCGAUGGUACAUUAUCAAUUUUACAAUUACAUCCGCCUAUGCAGCAAAUUCAAACUUCAAUGUUAAAUAUGCCUCAAAUGAAUGUCACUUUAUCUCCGGAAAGCAACCUUGCACCGUUCUUGAAUACGGGAAAUAUGGGCACACUAGCACCAGAAAAUCAAAAUUCAAUAGCGAGUGGUUCAGAAAUCCAGCAGUUUCUUCAACAAACGCGUCAGUUAUUUCAAAGACUUGGACCUGUAGCAUCGGUACAGCAACUCUCAUUAAUACCGUCGAAUACGAAUCCAUAUUCUGCCCUUUCGCAAAAUCAUCCGUCAACUUUUUCUGGCACUUCUGAUUCUAAUCCGUUAUUUACACCUCCUGUAAAUCUCUAUAAUCCAAUGUCUGUGCCACUUUUCUCUUCUCAUCCAGCAUCAGCCGAAAGGUCUUUUUUGCGGCUUAACGGUCCUUAUGGUGUUCAACGUCCUCCUUCUUACUCAACAUCAGGUGAUAAUCAAGGAGUAUCUUCAGCAAAUCUAACGAAUCCAGUUUUGUCUGGCACUGAUACAAGUGAUCGGUAUCAGUCGGUGCGAAACAAUACAGCACAAUCGAUUUUACAACCAACAAACAUACCUGCAUUGACAAAUGCUACUUAUUCACGUCUACAACCGCCGUCAAUAUUACCCAAUGUCUCACACGUCCCAAAAAGUUCGACUCGCGAAAACAAGAACAUGUCUCGUAUCUCAAAUGCAAAUCGACAAAUUGUCAAAAAAUACGUCCAAAUAACAGCUAAAUGA